AGAGCUUUUGCUUUUUGUUUCGAUUUGGUUAGUCAGCAUUAUCCAUCUCCUUUUUUAAAUCGAUUUUUAUCAUUUAUUUAUAAAAAUUAGUCUAUCAAACAUGUUGGUUUUGCAUAAAACGAAAGUGAUAUAACGAAAGACCCCAAGCUCGAAGACGCAUUCAUCUGCCAUGACCAUUGGUUUUGCAUAUAACAAAGUGAACGUGUGAAGGGUAAAAUUUGAUAGUCUCUUCGUGUCACCGCACCACCUAUUUAAAUUCUAUGUUCAUGCAUUUCUUGAUUCUCUGAGAGGUUUGGGACGAAGCGUCUUCAUAGUGAAAAGAAAUUUGGUAUCUUCUUCUGAAGAUUCCAUUUCCAACGCUCUCCCACUUUUUAAACAUUUCUCUAUUGUGAUCAUUGAUGGUGUUUGAGUGUUUUGUUCACCAUUUUCAUUCUUCUUCUAAGUUUUAUACUCUUUUUGCUCUCCUUUCUCUGCAUGACUUAAUACAUCCGCUAAAUAUUGAAAUAAAAAUAUUUCAAACAUUUGUUUAUAUAAAAUAAAAUAUUUUUCAUUUAAAAUUUUGCUUCCGUUGUUCUGAAUUUAGUACAUAAUUGCUAGGAUGCUGAAGUAAGGGACUGACAACGUCAUAGGCAAGACCAUAGACUGAAUCUUUUGCCAGCUUACAAUCAUGCACAAUAUAUAAGUGAAUUUUAGAAAACAUGUUACCUACUAUCAAUAAGAAAGUUGACAAUCAGUACAUGUUGUAAAUAUCACCGCGAAAUCCGAAUCUAUAUUAUAAUAUGAGACUUUCGUUUACCCAUGAAAGGAAAGAGCUAUGCUACGCCUCCAACAACAGUUGUUCCACCCGUUUCAGCUACUCUGCCACCAGCAUCUCUGACUACACCUCCACCAGCAGUUACACCAACCGUCUCACCACCACCAGCUCCAAAGGUUGCACCAGUUAUCAGCCCAGUAGCUCCGCCUCCACAACCACCACAAAGCCCGCGUGUGCCAGCUCCAACCGUCUCACCACCGCUUGCACCAGCCUCUCCCCAACCGGCAUCACCACCACCAGCAACUUCUCCACCACCAGCUUCACCGCCUCUAGCGCUUACACCAAUAACUCUACCACCAGCACCAGCUCCUGCCAAGCACAAGAAAAAGCACAAACACAAGAGGCAUCACCAUGCCCCAGCUCCAGCACCAACUCCUCCAAGCCCUCCAUCUCCUCCAGUUCUAACAGAUUCCCAGGACAUGUCUCCAGCACCAUCACCAUUUCAGAACGCGAACGGAAGAAAUGCCUUGAACCAGCUAGAAGGAAGAGUAGCAAUGUGGCUCAGCACCGUACUGGGAACUCUCCUCCUGAUGGCUAUCACAGCCUAAAGUCUCUAGCUUUCUUCUCACUAUAUCACCUAUGUAUCAACUCCAAAAGCUACAUUUUUCCCCAUUGUAUACCAAACACAUUUGAUUAAAAAAUAAUACAUUUUUUCUUCUCUAUUCUUUGCAGAAAAUAAAAUCAUAUCAAAUUUGAUCAGUACUUGAAUCCUUGGAGGUUUCUUUGCGGAAGUCAUACUCAACAAUGACCAAGAUUUUCAACCAGCUUAUGAUGCUUAAGACAU